AAAGCACAUAAGUCAUCACCCGAAAACAAUUUUGAAGGAAUUAAAAUGGGGGUCCUAAACUACAGCUAUCUCUCAGUGACCUCUGCAUCCACACCCAUAUCUCAAGACUCUGCAAAUAGUUCAACCCCAUCUUCAAUUCCAACACAGACCAAGGUAAUAUUGCCCCAGCAGAAACCUGUGAAAUUGUCCACUGGAGUGGUUCCUGGGCACAAUGCUGCUCCACCCACUACAACUAAGCUCAGGAAGUAUUGGGGUGAGGAUGUGGAUCCUCUUACCUCUGAUGAUUAUAUCUGGAACAAAGAAUUUAUGGGUCGUAUGAAGAAGUAUAUUCAGGACCCUCAACAAAAUCCCCCUUCUUCUCCCUCUGCUCCUGCAAAGGAAGAGACAUCGGGAUUUCUUAGCUUAAACAGAGUCAUGAGUCUUGACAGUUUGGAAAUUGACUUGACGAAGGAGCUAACAGCCCCUUCAGUACCUGUUCAAGAACCAGAACUCGAAAAUACUAGACCUCGUUUAAGUGCAUCUCAAAGAUGGCGGCCAGCACCAACACGACGCGAGCAGGAGCAGUGGGACAAAGCUUCCAAGGCUGCAACUGGGGGCAGUGACGUGAUGUUCAGGGAAUUAAGACGCCCAACAGGGGAUCCAAAGGUUUUGGCUGCUCAGUCAAGGGAGCAGUAUCUUAAGUUAAAGAAUAAAUUGCAGCUCCUCACACUUGGGAUUGGUGGUGUUGGAGUGAUUUCAGCUUAUAUCUCUUAUUCUCCUGAAAUAGCAGCAAGUUACGGUGCAGGGUUUAUUGGUUCACUGAUGUACAUGCGUAUGCUUGGAAACAGUGUGGAUUCUAUGCAGUCAGAUGGACCCAGAGCACUUAUCAAGGGAGCUGUUGGGCAGCCAAGACUAUUAGUUCCUGUUGCUUUGGUCAUGAUUUUUAACCGGUGGAAUGGGAUCCUAGUCCCCGAGUAUGGAUUCAUGCACCUCGAGUUGAUACCCAUGCUGGUGGGAUUUUUCACUUACAAGAUUGCAACUUUUGUCCAAGCAAUCGAGGAAGGUGUAACAAUUGUUCGAAAUAAAACACAAGCUUAGCUCUAGUUUCUAUGAUUUACAUCCACUUCUGAUGAAAAUAGUAGAGGCAAACUUCACGAAGAUCUUUAAACAUGGAUUCAAAAGAUCAGCUAGAACGUCUAUACUGGUUUAUCUCUCCAUACCGUGAUAGGAACAACAAACAAUUGAAAUUGUGGGGGAAGUCGAAUGGGUUCUCAAUUUAUCACAGAAUGGAUAGAACAAUGGGAAAAUCGUGAUUUCCUCGUGUAAAUUCUUUUAGCUAUAUUUUCUGAGUGUCAAUUGAAAUAUUUGAAGAAAAGAAACUUUAAGGUGAUAAUGGCAAAUUCAUAUUCGUAAGUUUAUGUUCAAA